GAUAUUUACAAUUGGAGCCUCAUUCAGUGGGUGAAAAUUUUAUUAGAAGAGCCUCAGUUACUGAAAUACAUGACCAUUCUGUCAAACGAAAAAAAAUACGUGAACAGAUUAAUGCUCAAUUUGCUAAUAGAAAAACCCUUCAAGAUGAAUAUAAUAAAGCUAAACAAGAGUAUUGGCAAAAGGUGGAUGAAGAUCGUCAAGAAGCAUCAGCUCCAGCUUUUCAUGAAGAGAUAGUUGUUUGUGAAAAUCUUAUUAAUUACUUUCAGACUCACCAUGGAGUUGGUAAAACUGAAGAAGUAAUUUCUAAUUCAAUUCCCGAUGAUAGUAACUCCAAUAUACGUCAGCCUGAUACUAUCUCUAAUGUUCCAGAAGGUUGUAUUUUAGCAAAAAAAUUUGAACGUGAAGAAGAUUUAUUUGGGGAUAUAUCAUCUAAAAAAGUUAAAGCUCAAAAGAAAAAAAAGACUGGCAAGACUAAUGCUAAUAAUGCUAAUAGGCUUCAACUUCCUCUCAGUAUUAUGGAAGAUUUGAUUUUCCUUAAGGUUGAAAUUCCUCUUAAUCCUUCUGACGUCGAAAAAGUCAUUACUGAACUUAGUGAAAAGAAAAACUAUUACGUCGAAAAUCAAGACCGCGUGACCAAAGAAAAUAUUGCUAAAGCUGAGGCGGAGAUCGCUGCUUUGGAAGGAAAAGUACCUAAUAAAAAAGUUGAUGAUGAAAAAUCAGAAUCUGUG